CGAGCCAAACCAUGUUUAAAUGAGUUUCCAUGCUCUAGGUGCAGAAGCUGUCCAGCCUGGUGCUGCCCAGUGAGGUGAUCAUCGCCCAGAGCUCGAUCCCCGGUGAGGGUCUGGGCAUCUUCUCCAAGACCUGGAUCAAAGCCGGCACCGAGAUGGGCCCCUUCACAGGGAGGCUCCUGUCCCCUGAACACGUGGACCUAUUCAAGAACAACAAUCUCAUGUGGGAGGUGUUCAACGAAGACGGCACAGUGCGUUAUUUCAUCGACGCCAGUCAGGAGGAUCAGCGCAGCUGGAUGACUUACAUCAAGUGUGCCCGGAAUGAGCAGGAGCAAAACCUGGAAGUGGUGCAGAUCGGCAGCAGCAUCUUCUACAAGGCCGUGGAGACCAUCCCGCCAGACCAAGAGCUGCUUGUCUGGUAUGGAAACACCCAGAACACGUUCCUGGGAAUCCCUGGAGUUCCCGGAACUGAAGAAGAACACCAGAAGAAAGGCAGAAAUGAUGACUCCCACUCUUGUGACGGCCCUUCCUCGUGCUCCCCCUCCUCCUCCUCCUCCUCCUCCUCCGCCACCUCCUCUUCCUCCACGGGUCGGAUGCGCUGCGUCAUCUGCCACCGCGGCUUCAACUCCCGCAGCAACCUGCGCUCGCACAUGCGCAUCCACACUCUGGACAAGCCCUUCGUCUGUCGCUUCUGCAACCGGCGCUUCAGCCAGUCGUCCACUCUGCGCAACCACGUGCGCCUGCACACCGGCGAGCGGCCCUACAAGUGCCACGUGUGCCAGAGCGCUUACUCCCAGCUGGCGGGCCUCAGGGCGCACCAGAAGAGCGCACGGCACAAACCAGUGGCUGCCGGAGCCGAUGCGCCCUCCCAGGUGUCCCCUCCUCCCCCACAAAUGACAGCCGUGCCCCACCAGAUGCCUCUGGUGCACCACAUCCCAACCAUGGUGCUAUGAUGACGGAAACACUGGAAGGACUGUCACGCAGGACGACGUUGCACUUUAGAUUAGAGCCGAUUAGAGCAAAGGGUGCUCAGUGAAUGGAAAACACAAGUCGAGGUGACAGUGAAAGCAUUUCUCGCCUAAUUUGUUUUUGCGUGUUUCUUUUUGUCAGAAAUCAUGCUUUAAUUUUUGUGUUUUGGAAGAUGAGAGAAAGAGAGAAAAGACAAGUCGACCCAUAUUUCGUUUUUAUAUCAUUUGUUAUCAGUGAUUCUGUGCGUAAUCCUUAAAUCUAAUUGAUAUGUUUGCAUCAAAUCCUCACCAGCUCAGGUGUAAAGUACCAUCACAGAUGUGUACAGUCAUGUGAAACUAAGGGAUGUACAUGGUUUCCGCUGCAUUGUUCCACACUGUAAACUAAAAUAGUCACUUUAACGUUGUACAGACGGUAC